AUGUUCUCCUUUCCAGAGGGCUUCUUCAUCUACCUGAAGAGCAACGAGGCCAACCCGGGGGACAUGGCCCACCUGCUCAGCCCCACCUGUGCCUCUAAAGGGCCCUGUUGCUUCCACUUCUCGUACCACAUGUAUGGUGUGGCCCGCACCAUGGCCCUCCAUGUUUACGUGGUCCUUGAUGGAGGAUCUCCCGAGUUAGUCUGGUCUGAGACGGGGAACCAGGGAGACCGGUGGAAGAAAGCUGAAGUCUCCAUCGCUCACACAGGAAGGCUGCAGAUAAUCCUGGAAGGUGUGCGGGGAGAAGACUUCCGCAGCGAUGUGGCCGUGGAUGACAUUUACAUGACACGUGGAUACUGCCCAGAAUCCUGCGUGGUGUCGGGGGACCCCCACUACUACACCUUUGACCAGCAAGCCCACCACUUCAUGGGCAACUGCACCUACACGCUCUCCCAGCCCUGUGGCCCUGACAGCCUUCUCCUGCCCAUGUUCAAUGUGGAGGCCACCAACGAACACCGAGGGGGCAACACGCAGGUCUCCUACAUCAAGAGCGUGGAUGUGGAUGUCCAAGGCCUCCGGAUCACAUUGGAGAAGGGGGGGACCGUGAAGGUCAAUGGGGAGGAAUGCGAUGUCCCUUCUGACCUUGCGCCAUUUGUGAGAAUCUUCCGCAGCGGCUUUUACAUCGUAGUGUCCACAGUCUUUGGGCUGAGAGUCAGGUUUGAUGGAGACCAUCAGGUGGAAGUGACUCUCCCAAGCAUCUACAGGGGCAAGGUGUGUGGCUUGUGUGGCAACUACAACGGCAACCCCGAUGAUGACUUCCUGAACCCUCGUGGGGAACUAGAGCCAGACUCCACCAGCCUGGGAAACAGCUGGCUGGUUGGCAACCUCACAGAUUGUUCCCCAGGGUCCAGUCCUGUCUGCACAGAGGAUGAGAUCAAAGAAGCUCAGAGCAGCCACUCCUGUGGCCUCAUCACAGACGUAACUGGGCCCUUCCGGCAUUGCCACAGCACCCUGAACCCAACGGUCCACUUUGAUGGCUGCGUCUAUGACCAGUGCGCUCUGCCCCAAGACCCGGGCUCCCUUUGCAGGAACCUCCAGUCCUAUGCGGACGCCUGCCAGUCCCACGGUGUCCACAUCGACCCAUGGAGGAAUGCCACCUUCUGCCCCGUCUCCUGCCCUCCCAACAGCCACUACGAGUCCUGUGCCAUCGCUUGCCCCGGGACCUGCGUGGACCCACGUGCUCCUGCCGCCUGCAGCCUCCCAUGCACCGAGGCCUGCGCCUGCGACAGCGGCUUCCUGCUCCACGGAAACGGCGCAUGCGUUCCCAGCCACCAGUGCGGAUGCUGGGAGCAGGGCAAGCACUACCCGGAGGGCUCCGAAUUCUGGACGGACGACACCUGCUCCUCCAAGUGCGUGUGUCCCCAGCGAGGUGGACGCCUGGACUGCCUCAGCGCCCGCUGCCCGGCAGACCAUUUCUGUGGGGUCCAGGAUGCGGUCCCUGGCUGCUACCCCCACACCUUUGGGGUCUGCUAUGCCUAUGGGGACCCCCAUUACUACACCUUUGACAAGGCCAUGCACCACUUCAUGGGCAACUGCACCUACACGCUGGCCAAGGUCUGUGCCAACCCCGCAGGGCUGCCGUUCUUCAACGUCGAGGCCAAGAAUGAGUACCGAUGGGGAAACCCCUCCGUGUCCUACGUCCAGAGAGUCGUGGUGGAUGUUUACGGGGAGCGGGUUGAAAUAGUGAAAAAUGAGCACAGCCACGUGCUGGUGAACAAAGUCCGAAUGACCCUCCCGGUGCAUCGACUGGACGGUUCCAUCCGUGUGGAGAACAGUGGGCGCUACGUGAGGCUGGACACAAAUUUCAGCUUGUCAGUCUCCUUUGACACUGGUCACACGGUGGAAAUCCGGUUGCCCACUGCCUACUCCAACCAGACCUGCGGCAUGUGUGGCAACUUCAACGGUCACCCGCAGGAUGAUCAAAUGAUGCCCAACGGACAGCAAGCGUCCAGUUCCACUGAAUUGGGAAACAGCUGGCAGGUCCCCAACUCAGAGCAUGACGAGCCUUCUUGUGGCGCUCCCACAGAGGAUCUCCCCCCUUGUGCUCCGGAAGCGGAAGCCCUUUAUGCCUCGGAGGCCUUCUGCGGUCUGAUGACCAGUGUCCAGGGGCCUUGGGCCCCCUGCCUGCCUGUGGUCAGCCCUGGGACAUUCUUUGAGAGCUGCGUCUUCGACCUGUGUGCCUCGGGAGGAGGCCAGCAGCUCCUCUGUGGUGCCCUGGAAGCCUAUGCAGAUGCCUGCCAACGAGCCGGAGUGAACAUUGCCACGUGGAGAAAUGCCACCUUCUGCCCCCUCCCAUGUCCCCCCAACAGCCACUACAAUCCAUGCGCCAGCUCUUGCCCGGCCACCUGCUCCGAUCCAGGAUCCGCGGAGAACUGCAGCCGGCCCUGCGUGGAGGGAUGUGAGUGCGAGGGAGGCUUCCUUCUCAGUGGAGGAAAAUGCGUGCCAAGAGCAGACUGCGGUUGUUUCUUGGAAGGAAGAUAUUUUGAGAAAGGAGAGGCUUUCUGGCAACCAGACUGCGUCAGCCACUGCAUCUGUGCGGAGAAUGGCAACCUGGUCUGCAACCCAAAAUCGUGUCCAGAAGGACAGCUCUGCAAAGUGCAGGACGGGGCACUAGGGUGCCAUGUGCCGGAGAAAGCCACCUGCCACAUCUAUGGCGACCCCCACUACGUCACCUUCGAUGGGAGGCUCUACCACUUCCAGGGGGGCUGCAACUACACGGCCGUCAAGCUGUGCUCCAACGCCUCUGAGCCAUUCUCCAUCACGACCCGCAAUGAAGACCGGGGCAGCAGCACUUGGACAGCUCUCAACUCCGUGGCCGUCUCCUUCCGGAACCUGCACGUCACCCUCAGGAAGAACAAGGAGGUCUAUGUGAACGGAGCAAAAGUGGCACUUCCGGCCGACCUAGCCCAUGGUCUCCGGGUGGAGGAAAGCCCUCCCCACGUGGUCCUCAGGGGCCCCUUGGGCUUCAUGGCCAAGUUUGAUGGGGACCAGGAGCUGCUCGUCCAGGUGGAUGAGAGGUACAAGGGGCAGCUGUGCGGACUCUGCGGCACCUUCUCUGGCAGCCAGCUGGACGACUUCCUAAAGCCAGACGGAAGCCUGGAACAUGACCCCAAUGUCUUUGGUAACAGCUGGAGAGUACCGGACGCUGACUGGACGUGUGACUCCUCCCCAGUGGUCCCCCCACCCUGUGACCCCAUAAAGGAGGUGGCCUUUCAGAGCCUGUGCAAUGUCCUCCUGGCCAGGGACGGCCCCUUUGCCUUGUGCCACGGGAACAUCCCUCCCCAGCUCUACUUUGAGACCUGCGUCUAUGACCAGUGUGCUACCGGCGGAGACAGCGGCCAGUUCUGCAAGAGCCUGGAAGCCUAUGCUGCGGCCUGUGAACAGGCGGAGGUGGCCCUUGGCGAAUGGAGGAAGGGGACCUCCUGUGAUUCCUCCACUUCCUGUGACUUCUCCUGCUCCUUUGACGCGGACUUCUGCUCCUGGAUGCAGUCGGACACUGAAAGCUUUGACUGGACACGGCACAAGGGCCCUACCUCCUCCUCGACCACAGGACCAUCAUUUGACCACACCACGGGAGAGGGCUUCUUCAUCUACCUGAAGAGCAACGAGGCCAACCGGGGGGACGUGGCCCACCUGCUCAGCCCCACCUGUGCCUCUAAUGGGCCUCGCUGCUUCCGCUUCUGGUACCACAUGUAUGGUGUGGCUCGCACCAUGGCCCUCCAUGUUUACGUGGUCCUUGAUGGAGGAUCUCCCGAGUUAGUCUGGUCUGAGACGGGGAACCACGGAGACCGGUGGAAGAAAGCAGAAGUCUCCAUCGCUCACACCGGAAGGCUGCAGAUAAUCCUGGAAGGUGUGCGGGGAGAAGACUUCCGCAGUGACGUGGCUGUGGACGACAUUUAUGUGACAGACGGAUACUGCCCAGGACAUGUGAUUACCACCACUGCCAGCACAACCACGAGUGCAGGUCCUCCAACUUCUGAGUCCUGCGUGGUGUCGGGGGACCCCCACUACUACACCUUUGACCAGCAAGCCCACCACUUCAUGGGCAACUGCACCUACACGCUCUCCCAGCCCUGUGGCCCUGACAGCCUCCUCCUGCCCAUGUUCAAUGUGGAGGCCACCAACGAACACCGAGGGGGCAACACACAGGUCUCCUACAUCAAGAGCGUGGAUGUGGAUGUCCAAGGCAUCCGGAUCACAUUGGAGAAGGGGGGGACCGUGAAGGUCAAUGGGAAGGAAAGCGAUGUCCCCUCUGACCUUGCGCCAUUUGUGAAAAUCUUCCGCAGCGGCUUUUACAUCAUAGUGUCCACAGUCUUUGGGCUGAGAGUCAGGUUUGAUGGAGACCAUCAGGUGGAAGUGACUCUCCCAAGCAUCUACAGGGGCAAGGUGUGUGGCUUGUGUGGCAACUACAAUGGUAACCCCGAUGAUGACUUCCUGAACCCUCGUGGGGAACUAGAACCGGACUCCACCAGCCUGGGAAACAGCUGGCUAGUUGGCAACCUCACAGUUUGUUCCUCAGGGUCCAGUCCUGUCUGCACAGAGGAUGAGAUCAAAGAAGCUCAGAGCAGCCGCUUCUGUGGCCUCAUCACAGACGUAACUGGGCCCUUCAGGCAUUGCCACAGCACCCUGAACCCAACGGUCCACUUCGAUGGCUGCGUCUAUGACCAGUGCGCUCUGCCCCAAGACCCGGGCUCCCUUUGCAGGAACCUCCAGUCCUAUGCGGACGCCUGCCAGUCCCACGGUGUCCACAUUGACCCAUGGAGGAAUGCCACCUUCUGCCCCGUCUCCUGCCCUCCCAACAGCCACUACGAGUCCUGUGCCAUCGCUUGCCCCGGGACCUGCGUGGACCCACGUGCUCCUGCCGCCUGCAGCCUCCCAUGCACCGAGGCCUGCGCCUGCGACAGCGGCUUCCUGCUCCACGGAAACGGCGCAUGCGUUCCCAGCCACCAGUGCGGAUGCUGGGAGCAGGGCAAGCACUACCCGGUGGGCUCCGAAUUCUGGACGGACGACACCUGCUCCUCCAAGUGCGUGUGUCCCCAGCGAGGAGGACGCCUGGAGUGCCUCAGCGCCCGCUGCCCGGCAGACCAUUUCUGUGGGGUCCAGAAUGCGGUCCCUGGCUGCUACCCCCACACCUUUGGGGUCUGCUAUGCCUAUGGGGACCCCCAUUACUACACCUUUGACAAGGCCAUGCACCACUUCAUGGGCAACUGCACCUACACGCUGGCCAAGGUCUGUGCCAACCCCGCAGGGCUGCCGUUCUUCAACGUCGAGGCCAAGAAUGAGUACCGAUGGGGAAACCCCUCCGUGUCCUACGUCCAGAGAGUCGUGGUGGAUGUUUACGGGGAGCGGGUUGAAAUAGUGAAAAAUGAGCGCAGCCACGUGCUGGUGAACAAGGUCCGAAUGACCCUUCCAGUGGAGCGACUGGACGGUUCCAUCCGUGUGGAGAACAGUGGGCGCUACGUGAGGCUGGACACAAAUUUCAGCUUGUCAGUCUCCUUUGACACUGAUCACACGGUGGAAAUCCGGUUGCCCACUGCCUACUCCAACCAGACCUGCGGCAUGUGUGGCAACUUCAACGGGCACACGCAGGAUGAUCAAAUGAUGCCCAACGGACAGCAAGCGUCCAGUUCCACUGAAUUGGGAAACAGCUGGCAGGUCCCCAACUCAGAGCAUGACGAGCCUUCUUGUGGCGCUCCCACAGAGGAUCUCCCCCCUUGUGCUCCAGAAGCGGAAGCCCUUUAUGCCUCGGAGGCCUUCUGCGGUCUGAUGACCAGUGUCCAGGGGCCUUGGUCAGCCUGCCUGCCUGUGGUCAGCCCUGGGACAUUCUUUGAGAGCUGCGUCUUCGACCUGUGUGCCUCGGGAGGAGGCCAGCAGCUCCUCUGUGGUGCCCUGGAAGCCUAUGCAGAUGCCUGCCAACGAGCCGGAGUGAACAUCGCCACGUGGAGAAAUGCCACCUUCUGCCCUCUGGAUUGUCCUCCCAACACACACUAUGACCCAUGCGCUUCCGGCUGCCCUGCCACCUGCCUCAACCCCCAGGCCCCCAACAACUGCACUCAGCCCUGCGUUGAAGGAUGCGCUUGCAAGGCCGGUUUGGUGCUCAGUGGCGGAGACUGUGUGCCCGUAUCCAAAUGCGGUUGCACCUAUGCAGGACAGUACUAUGCCGAAGGAGAGGGCUUUGUGACCGAGGAGUGCAGCAGUCAUUGCGUGUGCCAAGGGAAUGGCAGCAUCCUCUGCAUGUCCAUGUCCUGCGGCCCAGAGGAGGCCUGCAAGGUCCAGGGGGGCCUGAGGGGCUGCUACCCGGCCAGCAGGGCCACGUGCCACGUCUACGGAGACCCCCACUACGACACCUUCGACGGGCACCUCCACCACUUCCAAGGAGCCUGCAACUACACCUUGGUGCAGAGCUGCAACAAUGACACCGGGGCUGCGUUCAGCAUCACCGCCCGGAACGAGCACCGGGGAAGCCCACACUGGACGGCCCUCAACUCGGUGGCCAUCACCCUGGAAGGCCUGCACAUUGCCCUCCGGAAGGGCAAGGCCGUUUAUAUCAAUGGUGUUUUGGCCAAACCGGCGACAAUCCAUCUCCCCGAUGCCACCAUUGACUACGUUGGGUUCUAUGUGCGUGUCACCACAAACAUUGGGGUGCACAUUCAGUUCGACGGGGACCAGGACCUCCUGAUCGAUGUCACGGAGAACCACCGAGGGAAGGUCUGCGGCCUCUGCGGGACCUACACCGGGGACCCCCAGGAUGACUUCUCCACCCCCAACGGGACCAUCGUGGAGGACCUCGCUGCCUUCGGAAACAGCUGGAGGGUCCCCGAUGACCAGUGGCCGUGCGACUCCACGGUCCCUGAUCCACAGCCUUGCCCUCCAUCAGAGCAGCAAGGGGCGGUUGCGCAAUGCCAGGUCCUCCUUACUGUCGGCGGUCCUUUCUCGGCCUGCCACCCUGUUGUCUCUCCGUGGUCGUAUUUUGUCAGCUGCACCCACGACCUUUGCGCCACCGAAGGAAGCGAUGCCCAGCUGUGCCACCUGCUCCACUCUUAUGCGGCUGCUUGUCGGGCGGCCAGAGUAACGCUGGCGGACUGGGAGGCAGGGACGGUCUGCGAAUCCUGCUUCUUCAACUGCACUUUUGACAAAGACUUUUGUGAAUGGCAGCAGUCUGGGGAGGAUGACUUUGACUGGCGCCGCACCACCCAUUGCCUGAAUGAUGGCUUGGACGGGAGCAACAGGACGUGCAACUCCUCAGGAAACUACUACAUCUUUGCCGACAGCGCCUUUUCCCGCACAGGGGAGCGGGCUCAGCUGAUGAGCCCCGAGUGCGAAGCCCGUGGCCCCUCUUGCUUCCGCUUCUGGUUCCGCAUGGAAGGGGCCUCCGAGGAGGAGUCCCUGAGGGUCUACCUGGUCCAGGAAGUGGAGCGCGAGCCCCUCCUGGUCUGGCUCUUGGCUGGAAACAAGGGCGGGGCUUGGCUGCGGGCGGAGCUGGACCUACACCUCUCCGGCAGGUUCCAGAUCCUCCUGGAAGGCAGGACAGGGCCAGGCAACCAAACCAGGCUGGAUGUGGACGACGUCUCCCUUGAACCCGGUUGCUGCCUGGGGGAGGCCCCUACUCCUGAGGAGACCACACCUUCAGGCCCACCUCCUCCAGCUGAAGACACAACCACAACCUCUCCCAUCCUCCCAGGUGGAACCCCAUCACAACCUCCAGAGAAGACAACCACAAGUAAGUCAACAAGUAACGAGAUGUGGGAUGAACAAGUGGGAAGGGGGUCUGGAGGCCCAGAGAAUAAGGUUAGCCUUCUUUCCUCUCAAGGCCCACCUCCUCGGACUUACCACACAACCACAUCUUCACCCAUCCUCCCAGGUGCAACCCCAUCACAACCUCCAGAGAAGACAACCACAAGUAAGUCAACAAGUAACGAGAUGUGGGAUGAACAAGUGGGAAGGGGGUCUGGAGGCCCAGAGAAUAAGGUUAGCCUUCUUUCCUCUCAAGGCCCACCUCCUCGGACUUACCACACAACCACAUCUUCACCCAUCCUCCCAGGUGCAACCCCAUCACAACCUCCAGAGAAGACAACCACAAGUAAGUCAACAAGUAACGAGAUGUGGGAUGAACAAGUGGGAAGGGGGUCUGGAGGCCCAGAGAAUAAGGUUAGCCUUCUUUCCUCUCAAGGCCCACCUCCUCGGACUUACCACACAACCACAUCUUCACCCAUCCUCCCAGGUGCAACCCCAUCACAACCUCCAGAGAAGACAACCACAAGUAAGUCAAUGAGGAACAAGAUGUGGGAUGUACAAAUGGGAAGGGGGUCUGGAGGCCCAGAGAAUAAUGUUAGCCUUAUUUCCUCUCAAGGCCCACCUCCUUGGACUUACCACACAACCACAUCUUCACCCAUCCUCACAGGUGCAACCCCAUCACAACCUCCAGAGAAGACAACCACAAGUAAGUCAAUGAGAAACGAGAUGUGGGAUGAACAAGUGGGAAUGGGGUCUGGAGGCCCAGAGAAUAAGGUUAGCCUUCUUUUCUCUCAAGGCCCACCUCCUCGGACUUACCACACAACCACAUCUUCACCCAUCCUCCCAGGUGCAACCCUAUCACAAUCUCCAGAGAAGACAACCACAAGUAAGUCAACAAGGAACAAGAUGUGGGAUGUACAAAUGGGAAGGGGGUCUGGAGGCCCAGAGAAUAAGGUUAGCCUUCUUUCCUCUCAAGGCCCACCUCCUCGGACUUACCAUACAACCACAUCUUCGCCCAUCCUGCCAGGUGCAACCCCAUCACAACCUCCAGAGAAGGCAACCACAAGUAAGUCAAUGAGGAACGAGAUGUGGGAUGUACAAAUGGGAAGGGGGUCUGGAGGCCCAGAGAGUAACGUUAGCCUUCUUUCCUCUCAAGGCCCACCCCCUCGGACUUACCACACAACCACAACCUCUCCCAUCCUCCCAGAUGCAACCCCUUCACUGCCUCCAGAGGAGACAUCCACAGCAACAGCUGGCCUUCCAUCCACAGGUCGUGCCACCUGCAUUGCCUCUGGAGACCCCCAUUACACCACGUUUGACAACCAGGUCCACCAUUUCAUGGGCAACUGCACCUACACCUUGUCCCGGGUCUGUGCCAAUGACAGCAGUGUGCCCGAUGCCUUCCACAUCUCCACCACCAAUGAGAAUCGUGGCUCCAACAUGGAUGUCUCCUACAUCAACUCGGUGCACGUGGAGGUCCACGGCGUGCGGGUUUCCCUGCUCAAGAACCGGAACGUGAACGUCAAUGGCCAGAGGCGCAACCUGCCCAUCUUCAUCGAUAACAACAAGGUUGUGGUGCAGAGCAGUGGCAGCUACAUCUUCCUGGAGACAGACUUUGGGAUGGGGGUCAGGUUUGACGGGAACCAUUUCGUAGAGGUCUCCAUCCCACCGGCUUACAAGGGACGGCUCUGCGGCAUGUGCGGUAAUUACAACGGUGACCCAAGUGACGACAACCUUAAGCCUGAUGGACAACCUGCAGGCAGUUCCACCAGCCUUGGAGACAGCUGGCUGGUCCCGGAGAACCUCACAGAGUGUUCCAGCCCUGAACCACUUUGCAAGCCAGACUUGGAGGAAGAAAUCCGGAGGGAUUCUGCCUGUACCAUGAUCACAGACCCAGCAGGAAUCUUCAAGGACUGCCAUCCCGUGGUGAAUCCAACCAAUUUCUUUGAGAACUGUGUCCUGGACUCCUGCUUCACCAGCGGGCAGCAGACGGCCAUUUGCAACGGUCUGCAGGCGUACGCGGAGGCCUGUUCCAAUGCAGGGCUGUGCCUGGAGUGGAGGAACGACACCUUCUGCCCCAUCUCCUGCCCUUCGGGGAGCCACUUCCAAAGCUGUGGGGAGCGCUGUGUCGCUAGUUGCGUGACUCCUGCUUUGCGCAGCGCAUGCAGCCGUCUGCCCGUCGAGGGAUGCUUCUGCGACGAAGGCUUCCUCCUGAGCGGAGACCGAUGCGUCCCCGAGAGCAGCUGCGGGUGCAUCAAUGACCAGGGCCAGUACUUCCAGCUUUGGGAGAGUUGGUUCCCGGAGGAGACCUGCAGCGAGCGCUGCACCUGUGAACAUGGCGGCUCCAUUGCAUGCACACCUUGGGAAUGUGGUGUCCUGGAGAAAUGUGGUGUUCAGGAUGGAGUGCUUGGCUGCCACACCAGAAGCCGGGCGUCAUGCCACGUGGCCGGAGACCCGCACUAUUACACCUUCGACAAGGUGAUGCACACCUUCCUGGGCAGCUGCACCUACACCCUGGCCACCCUCUGCGCCAACAACAGCAGCGCCACCCCCUUCGCCGUCAGCGGGAGGAACGAAGAGCGAGGCCAGAAGGGCGCCACCUACCUGCGGGAGGUCUACGUUGACGUCCACGGCACCCGGGUCACCCUCCAGAACAACAAGAGGAUCUUGUUUGACCGGGAGAGAGCCUACGCACCGGUGGAGAGGCGCACCAGGGGUAAGAGCAUUUCCGUAGGCAACGUGGGCAUCUACUUAGUCGUGGAGACCGACUUUGGGCUGGUGGUGAAAUACGACGGGGACCAACACCUGGAGAUCAGCCUCCCGGGCACCUACUUCUCCCAGGUUUGUGGCCUGUGUGGGAACUACAACAGCUUCCAGGGAGAUGAGCUGAUGAUGCCGGACGGAACCCAGGCCCAAAAUGUCACCCAGUUUGGGAACAGCUGGAAGGUGGACAGCGACAGCGAUGCCAGCUGUUUGCCAGAUGACCGCCAGGACCUGGACCCUCCCUGCUCUGCCCAGCUGCGUCCGUUUGUGGAGGAGCAAUGCCAUGUCCUACAGUCCAGCCUCUUUGCACCCUGCCACCGCCUGGUCCGGCCAGAGCUCUUUGUCCAGACCUGCAUCUAUGACAUGUGCAAGUACGACGGGAUGCUCUCCACCCUGUGUGCCAUCACCCAAGCCUAUGCGGAUGCCUGCAAGACCGAAGGAGUGUCCCUCAAGUGGAGAAAUAGCACCUUCUGCCCCCUUCCGUGCCCACCGAACAGCCACUACACUGACUGCGCCUCCCCCUGCCCCGCAACCUGCACCGACAUUUACGCCAAGGACCUUUGCGAGAAGCCAGCCGGGCAGUGCCUGGAAGGGUGUGCCUGCGACGAGGGGCAUGUCCUCAGUGAUGACCAAUGCGUGCCGCUCAGCGAGUGUGGGUGCCACGACAAGGACGACAACUACUACAAAGUGGGGGAGACCUGGGUGACCCGGCACUGCAGCCAGAAAUGCCGCUGCCGCCCGGGAGGCCUCCUCAAGUGCCAGAGCUUCGGGUGUGACGUCGGGGAGAUCUGCCAGCUCAAGAACAACGGGAAGUACGGCUGCAAACCAACAGGCUUUGGGAAGUGCCUGGUGACAGGGGACCCCCACUACUUCUCCUUCGACGGCCUGCAGCACCACUUCCAAGGGAAGCACACCUAUGUGGUCACCCAAAGCCGCCCGGACGCUCCUGAGCGCUUGGAGCCCUUCAGCAUCGAGGGGGAGAACAAGGCGGAAGGGACGAACAGCAAGAUCACCUUCCUCAAGGAGCUGAAGGUCUCCGUCUACAACCACACCGUGCUCCUCAGGCAGCGAAAGAAGCUGGUGGUGGACGGCGUGAAGACGGUUCCCCCGGCGCAGCCCCACGAAGGCCUCCGCAUUCUGCAGCGAGCAACAAGGAUUUUCCUGGACACAGAUUUUGGCCUUUCCGUCAGCUUUGAUGGAGCUGAGAAUGCAGACAUCAUGCUCCCCAACACCUACAAGAAGAACGUGGAGGGCCUCUGUGGGAACUUUGACGGGAAGCACAAGAACGACUUCACCACACCGGACGGCACGCUGGUCAGCAACGUGGACUCCUUCGGAGAGAGCUGGAAGGUUCCCAUCCAGAGAGGAACCGCUCGGUUCAGGCGAGACGUCCUUUCUGAGGAAGACCUGGACGGGGUCGAGCUGGACACCGGGUUCUCCCUGCUUUGCUCCCCUGAGCAGCUCAGCUGGGCCAACAGCAGCGCCAACUGCGGCGUCCUGGCCGAUCCGAGCGGACCCUUCCGAGCCUGUUUCGACCGGGUCUCUCCAAACAACUUCCUGCAGGCCUGCCUUUUUGACCUGUGCGUGGAGGACAACCGGACGGCCAGGCUGUGUCCCAUCCUGGACCAGUACACCCUGGCCUGCCAGGAGGAAGGGGUCUCUCUGCCGGACUGGAGGGAGAAAACCACCUGCGUUCUCCAGUGCCCUCCAAACAGCAAGUACAGCUCCUGCAUGUCCGCCUGCCCGGCUUCAUGUUCAGACCUCGCUGCUCCGGCGGAGUGUGAUGCCCCUUGUCUCGAAGGCUGCGAGUGCCUCCCCGGAUACGUCCUCAGCGGCUUUGAGUGUGUGCCCUUCCGGGAGUGCGGAUGCACCUUCUUGGGCAGGUAUUAUCAGGUCGGAGAGAGGUUUGUGACAGAGGACUGUGGCCAGACGUGCUUUUGCACCAACAGCUCCAGGGUCUCUUGUGCCCGAGCGGCCUGUGCCCACAGCGAACUCUGCACCGUGGUCAACUUUGUCCGUGGCUGCUACACAAACGGCCCUUGCCUCUCAAGCCCUUGUGUGAAUGACGGUGUCUGCAAUGAGGACAGCAGUCCCGAGGGCUUCCAUUGCAGAUGCUCUGAGGCCUAUCAUGGAAAUUACUGUGAGAUUGAGACAAAACCCAUAGAAAAGCAAACAGAAGACGAUUCCCGGAUGGCCGUUUACAUCACGCUCGGGGUCUCGGGCGGUGCUGUCCUUCUCACCUUGAUCACCGCCAUCGCGCUCUGCUCCUGCCUGCCCAGAAAGCGCACCAGGAACUCCAGAGGAGCCCGGUCUCUGCAUCCUUCCAGACCCUCCUCCUCCUCGGCUGCCCAGAGAGACUUCAUCCAGGUCUCCAACCUGGCCUUCGAACAGGACUAAAAUCAGUGGUUUCUGGCAAUAGUCUCUUGAAUGUGGCAGAGUCCACAAUUUCCUCUUCUCGACCCUCCUAUUCGUAAUAAACCAAAGCUAUUUUUCUGAAGACUGCCAUCAAAUCCCAUGUUCUCCAAACGAAUCUUUCCAACUAACUGUCAGGGGUUGGGGAGAGGGAGAUAAAUUGAUUGUCUACCA